AUGUAUGUAUGUAUGUCUAUUAGUGCGUGUGCGAACAAAUAUUAUUUUUUUCACGUCUUACCGUAAACGGAACUGCAGUAAUUUGGCGCCAAAUUUCACUUCCAGUGAAUACAACAAACUUAAUAAUGCCUACAUCGAGCACAUACGAUCCUGAGAUUUUACCAAAUUUAUUGCCAACUUAUUACAAACAUCUCUUUCCAUUUAACCCCUAUUGUACAUGGCUUCGAUAUGGUAUCGCCCAGACUAAGCAAAACCAUCAAAGCAAGCAGUUUUGUGGCAGAAGAGAAAGAAUUGGUCUUUGAUAUUGAUAUGACAGAUUACGAUGACGUCAGGAGCUGCUGCUCUGGUGCCCAGAUUUGUAAGAGAUGUUGGCCCCUAAUGAUUAUAGCUAUCAAAAUCCUGGACAAAGCAUUAAGAGAUGAUUUCGGUUUUGACCAUUUGCUGUGGGUCUAUUCUGGGCGCCGAGGUGUUCACUGUUGGGUGUGUGACAGUACAGCACGCAAACUCGGCCCAAGUGGCAGAGCUGCUAUUGCAGAAUAUCUAAGUAUUGUCAAGGGUGGUGAAAACAAUGUGAAGAAAGUAGUUUUGCAGGAGCCAAUCCAUCCAUUCAUUGAGAGAUCAAUUGAAAUUAUUGAAGAAUUCUUUGAAGGUUAUGCCCUUGUUGAUCAGGAUAUUUUGCGCAGUGAAAACAUUAGUAAAAUUAUCGAUUUGAUUCCAGAAAGAAAUAGAAAUGAUAAUCUCCAGAAAAUCCUGUUGUCUGCAAACAAUUCCAUAUCCAGGUGGAAUCUCCUGACAAAAGAACUGGAAAGGCCAGGUGUCCAUGCCGGUCGGGUGUUGAAAGAGAUUAUGCUGCAAUAUUGUUAUCCUCGUCUUGAUGUCAACGUCAGUAGAGGUGUGAACCAUUUGUUAAAGUCACCGUUCAGCGUCCACCCAAAGACAGGUCGAGUUUGUGUCCCAAUAGAUCAAACAGAUGUGGAAAACUUUGAUCCGUUUGCAGUUCCAACCAUCUCCCAACUGAUUGAUGAAAUAAACACAACUUCUGAGAAUGAAGAAAAUUUGAAGAUCAAAGAUUAUAAGAGAACUUCUUUGAAGGAAGGUGUGGAGAUAUUUGAAAAUUUCUUGAAACAACUGAAGAAAACUUGGGAAGGUGCUAUGAUCAAAGAGAGUGAUCUAAGAAUGGAGCUGUAAUGAAAAAGAAAGAAUAUUUGCAAAAGGACUGACAUUUUGACACGUUACAUUUUGGAAUUCUUUUUUUAAGUUUUAUCAUGGCAUUCAAGUUCAAAUCCCACCAGGCUUGACUUUGCCUUUCAUCCUUUUGCGUGUUGAUAAAAUAAAUACUAAUUGAACACUGGGUUCAAUGUAAUCAACAUACCCCUUCCUGCUAAAUUUUCCUGGCCCUAUGCAAAAUUUGAAAUCAUUAUUGUAUAUAUUAUUUAGCAUCUUUCAUGAAAUGAAAUAAAAGUAUUGUAUUUA